UUUAAAUAUAUUCGAACAUAUAAGUGUAUAUAUAUAUUAGUUAUAAUCAUACAUAUAAUAAUAUUAGUGCAUAAAAUUAAAAUCAUAAAUCAAAUAGUUAUUUUAGAUAUUUAUGGAUAAAUUUAGAUAAUUUAGAUAUAAAAUACCAAACCAAAUUGUAUACAUAGUUACUUUGAAAUAAAAAAUAACCAAUUUGACUAUAUGUAAUGAGUUUACAUUAGUCUGAUUAUUUUGGUUCAAAAUAUCUGAAUUCGUAUCAGAUACAAUGGAUAACCGGUUUAUUUUUUGGUUUUUACACAUCAAAACUAAAUCUAUUCGGACCGGAAUGAUCUUAGUUGAACUCAAUCUUUUAUAAAGUCUGAAUGAAAUUUUUUUAACCGAUAUUCGAUAUAAUCGAUAUAUAUGUAGCUGAUUGGGUAUUCGAAUACCUAUGCCUACCAGAGACAAAUGAAAAGUUCUGUUACUUAUUCUGAUCUUUAUCAAAACAAUUUGCUAAGCUUCUCAGAAACAACCAAAAGGAAUACCGAAGAAGCUAUUUUAGACAAGAAAAGACUAAACUUUGACAGAUAAUUUUGACAGUCCAAAACAAAACAAAAUGUCACUCUUACAACCAUCUCAAACAAACAAUGUCCAAACUUAUGAACAACAAACACAAUCUAAACAAAAGUAAACCUGUCAAGGAACCAUAUACUACCAUCAUCACCAUCAUAAAUAUUUGUCUUGCAGACAUAAAAUACCAAUAAAGGAAGGAAAAAGAACAACCAAUGGCUGCUGUUCUGAUUCCCAGUUUCAUCCUCCUUAUGUGUUUCUGGAUCUCCCCUUCUUUGCAGCACAUAAGCGAGGCCGAACCCCUUGUGAGCUUCAAAAACUCGGUGAAGAUAACCAAAGGAGACCUAAACUCAUGGAAAAUAGGAACAGAUCCUUGCGGUGGAAAGUGGUUUGGUAUCUAUUGCAACAAGGGUCUAACAGUCACAGGGAUUCACGUCACGCAGCUAGGUCUCACAGGAACCAUUAAAGUCGAUGACCUAAAGGCUCUCCCAAAUCUUAAGACCGUUAGGCUUGACAACAACCUCCUCUCUGGCCAUCUCCCAAAUUUCUCCAAGCUCCGCGGCCUUAAAUCUCUCAUGCUCUCUAACAACAGCUUCUCCGGAGAGAUCCCUGAUGAUUUCUUUAAGGACUUGCCACGGCUCAAGCGGCUGUUUCUUGACCACAACAAGUUCGUGGGAAACAUCCCUUCCUCCAUCAUGCAGCUCCCUGACCUAGAGGAGGUUCACCUGCAAGGUAACAAGUUCACUGGAAAGAUACCUCCACUGAGCGACGUCAACAAGAACAUGAAGAUCCUCGACCUCUCAGACAACUUACUAGGAGGAGAGGUCCCUGAGAGCAUCCCAAAUAGGAAAAAUCUCACCGCAAACUUUGAAGGGAACAAAGACGUGUGCGGGAAGUCAAUAAACAUUGAAUGUAAAUCUGUUGAGGUAACGCCAUCCGGCCAAAUCACCCUGCCACCGACGACUAACCCGGAAUCAACCCACGCGAGUAGCAUUGUGUACGCGAUCAUGCUCGCCUUAACGUUUCUUUUCACGUUCUUUAUCGUUGUGGGCGCUAUAAAGAGGCGAAAGAAAAAGAUAAACGCCGAGUUUCGUAUGCUUGACAAAGAACGUCUAAGCGACCUAGAGGCCUUGCAAGUCAAGGUACCCGAACCAAGCAAGAACCGCGGUGGAAACAUGGAUGUUGGUUCGACCAAGAAAGGUGGUGUAGGAGGAGGAGGAGGAGGAGGAGGAGGAGGAGAAGUAGGUGGAGGGAUGAGUGACCUUGUGAUGGUGAAUAACGAGAAGGGCUCGUUUGGUUUGCCUCAUCUGAUGAAGGCUGCAGCCGAGGUGCUAGGUAGCGGUAGCCUUGGAUCAGCUUACAUGGCGGUGAUGGCUAAUGGAUUAUCUGUUGUGGUGAAGAGGAUUAGGGAUAUGAAUAAAUUCGCACCUGAAGCUUUCGAUGUUGAGAUGAGACGGUUGGGGAAACUCCGACACCCUAAUGUUCUUACACCUCUAGCGUAUCAUUACCGGCGCGAAGAGAAGCUUGUCGUGUCUGAAUACAUGCCUAACAGCAGCUUGCUUUACGUCUUACACGGUGAUAGCGGGGAAUAUCGUUCGGAGCUAACUUGGGCAACAAGAUUGAAGAUCAUCAAAGGCGUGGCCCAAGGGAUGCAGUACUUGCACCAGGAGUUUGCGUCCUACGACCUCCCACACGGUAACCUCAAAUCCAGCAACGUUCUGCUCAACGAGAACUACAAACCAGUGAUCAGUGACUACGCAUUCUUACCGUUUCUCGAGCCAAACAUUGCAUCUCAGACAUUGUUUGCUUACAAGACACCAGAAUUUGCGCAGAACCAACAAGUUUCGCAUAAAUCAGACGUCUACUGCCUUGGAAUUAUAAUUCUGGAGAUCUUGACAGGGAAGUUCCCUUCUCAGUACGGUAAAGGCGGGACGGAUAUAGUUCAAUGGGUGCAAUCUUCGAUGGCAGCACAGAAAGGAGAAGAACUUAUCGAUCCGGAGAUAGUAAAGAGUACUGAUUCGAUGCAACAGAUGCUGGAAUUGUUGCGGAUCGGGGCUGCUUGUAUUGCAAGUAAUCCAGAUGAGAGAUUAGACAUAAGCGAAGUUGUUAGAAGAAUAGAACAAGUGAAAACAUAAUGAUAAGCAUCUCCAACUCACAUAUACUUUUUUAUAUUUUCUUCUAAAAUAAUGAAAUUUAUACAUGGCUUUGCUAUAAUGUAAUUAUUUAUAAUAGUUUUUUUCUAUUUAAAUGAAAAUAUAUAAAAAAAUUAAUGUUUUUUUCUACAUUAUAAAGAUGAGUUGGAAAUUAUCUUAGAACGCAAUGAUUUCUCAACCCUUUUGUUAAAGAAUGAAUUAAAACAAACAUUUGAAUAUAAUCAAAAUUAGAAAUUUCCUUUUACUUAUAAUAUAAGUUUAAAGAUCUAAAUAUUGGGAACAAAUUAUAGUUUUAAUUCAGAUAACUUUUUUCUAAACUAAAUAACUCAAUUAAAUUAAAACAAAACUUUGUUCAUAUAUAAGAGUAUAAACACAUGCAAUCACACUGUUGGACUCUAAUCUAGCAUCGAAGUCAGAACCUGAACAGUUGGUCAUGUAAACAAGUGAUGAAUGGGUCGAGUUUUAAGGAUAUGCUUCGAGCUCGAUAGAAAACUACGAGCUCGUUCUAGACCAAAUCAAAGGAAUCUCGAGAUAUCCGAAAUCGUGUGAGCAAAUGGAAGAUGAUAUAUCGGAGAUGGGAACAAUGGAAACAAGUAUAAAAAGAGGAAAACGGUAAAUCGACUUUACAUCGAGCUCUCCCAGAAAUACAUCGAGCUCUCUUAAUUCUUUGUUCUUAGCGAUUACAUUUUGAUUCUUGUUACCAUUCUUUAUUUUGUAACCUGAUUAUCAUCAAUACAAUCUAUUUUUGUCAAUUUGAACUUUGAUUACAUCAUUGUUGUUUUAAAGAGUUUGUGACUUAGUUAUCUUUUCUUAACUUUUAAAAUACAAAUACCCUCAAAUACAUAUCGUGGGGUUUAGGUUCCACACACUAUAUCGAACAUAUUCUACUUGAGCAACAUAUUGAUGGCCCCAAAAGCUUAAAUAUUAGGUAGGACUCAGCUCUUAUAAGAACAAAGACUAUUAAGUUUUUGCAUGCAAGUCAAUUUAAAUGAAAGGACCACAAGGAAAUUAGGUUUUGUCUUGUUCUUUCUAUAUAAUUUAAUUAAUUAAUAAUUGGAAUUUUAUGGGCCCAACCACUCAACAAUGAUGUCCCUCUUUUGGGCGUAUUCUCAUUGCUGGCUUCUUCCGUAUAGGUCAACAUUAUUUUAUUAUUAUAUUUAUAUUUUAUCGUUUUUGUAUCUUUCACAAGUUGAUUGAUGAAGAAACCACACAGAAACCAACACCGCAACAACCAUUCAUAUUAUAUACAGUUAUACAUCAUAAUUAAUCUCAAACAAGUGUUUAUCAUUAGUAGAAUUUUGUAAACGAUUCUCACCGUUCCUUUCUUUUUUGUUGCUAAUAUUCGCUUCAAUUAUUUGAUAUGAUGCUUGGAGCACUGAUAUAUAUUCACCUUUCAAAACAUCCACUAAAAGAAAUUAAGGACACACGAAUGAAUAAUGGAAACCCAAUUUGAACAUUAAAAUUAUUUUUUUUGAAGAUGAUAUUAAAAUUAUUUUAACAUGUUAAUAAGCACCAAAUACAAAACACAAUAAGAAUUAAAAA